AACUCCUUCCCUGCGCGAGGGAAAUUCCUGGUUCAUUGGUAUGGAUGCAUUGUUUUUACACAUUAGAAGUGCUGUGUUGCUGUGUCAAUCAUCCCCUUAGGAUCAGUUUAAGAGCAGUAGGGCUGACGAAGCUGGGUGUGAUUGGCUACCAUAUGCUGGGAGGGCUCUGUGAGAAGGAAGGGCUGCAGUCUUUCAGCAACAGAGUUUAGGCUGUGUCUUUGCUUCAUCAUCUGAGGAAAAAUCCCCAGAUAAGGCACAAGGCUUUCUGAGGAAAAAAAAAAAUAUUACAGGCUGAUCGUUCACGUGAGAAUUAGUUACCAUGAUGCGAUGGGAAAGAUAUGGCUGUUUGUUUAUAUCAGAUGUUCCUGUUGACGUUGGGAAUGUGUCGAAUAGACAGGGCUAAACAAGGUCAGUGACUUAAAAAGUGCCUUUGCCAAGUCACUUCUAUGAGCGAGGACUGCUACGCCCGUGUUCUCAAAAUCCUGUCUUUGCCAGCCAGACAUUGCCUUCACCUUACACGUGGUGGAAGAUACCUCAGCUGUCUCCAUUUGCCAAUUAGUUGAUGGGAAACUGAAAGCAGAAAAAGAAGAAUUAUUAUUAUUCCUGGGACAUGAACAAAUGACUGCAUUGCUUUUCUCGUGCAAUCAAUACUGGCAAGCAACCGUCAGAGAACUGCUAUUCUAUCAAGGAGUGCCGUUGCAUUGAUGGACCUUGGCUUAAAACUGGUGCAUCCGUGAUUACAAUCAACAAACCCACGUGUUUUACAGAUAGAAAUGCAACUGAGCAUGCAUUUGCCCAGCCAAAAGUCUACAAGUGGGACUUAAUGAUUGAUGAGUGACUGCUUGCUGAUAAACUUUCUCUGCUUAUUCUGCUUUGUGUGUGUUGGACAUCAUUAAUCGUUCCCUACUGUUUUGUUUUGCAUUUUUUAAACUUUCUUUUCAAUUGGAAUUGAAGGGUUUUUUUUCUGAUUUUUCUUUUUUUUCCCCUCUCUCCUUCAUUUGUUUUGGAAAUUUCCUCAGCAUAAUUCACUUGACAGCAGCCUACAAGUUCAAAAUCAACUUUCCAUCAUGGCUUUGAAUGUUACUCCAGUAAGAGACACAAAAUGGCUGACGUUAGAAGUGUGCAGGCAGUUUCAGAGGGGAACUUGUUCACGCUCUGAUGAAGAAUGCAAAUUUGCACACCCCCCUAAAAGUUGCCAGGUUGAAAAUGGAAGAGUUAUUGCCUGCUUUGAUUCCUUAAAGGGUCGUUGUACAAGGGAGAACUGCAAGUACCUUCAUCCACCAACACAUUUAAAAACUCAACUGGAAAUCAAUGGCAGGAACAACUUAAUCCAGCAAAAAACUGCAGCAGCAAUGCUUGCCCAGCAAAUGCAGUUCAUGUUUCCAGGGACACCGCUACAGCCAGUGCCCACAUUUCCAGUGGGUCCCACAAUAGGAACGAACACGGCUAUUAGCUUUGCUCCUUACCUAACGCCAGUAACACCGGGAGUUGGCUUAGUCCCGACUGAGAUCCUACCCACACCGCCUGUCAUUGUUCCUGGAAGUCCACCGGUUUCAGUCCCCAGUUCAACUGCUACCCAGAAGCUCCUCAGGACUGAUAAACUGGAGGUGUGCAGGGAGUUCCAGCGGGGAAACUGUGCACGUGGAGAGACUGAUUGCCGCUUUGCGCAUCCAGCAGACAGCACAAUGAUUGACACAAACGACAACACCGUAACCGUGUGUAUGGAUUACAUAAAAGGUCGUUGCAUGAGGGAGAAAUGCAAGUAUUUUCACCCUCCUGCACAUUUGCAGGCCAAAAUCAAAGCGGCGCAACACCAAGCCAACCAGGCUGCAGUGGCAGCCCAGGCAGCUGCGGCAGCUGCGACUGUGAUGACUCAGUCGACUGCCAAAGCAAUGAAGCGACCUCUCGAAGCAACUGUAGACCUGGCCUUUCCUCCUGGUGUUCUUCACCCUUUACCAAAGAGACAAGCACUUGAAAAAAGCAAUGGUGCCAGUGCCGUUUUCAAUCCCAGUGUCUUGCACUAUCAACAGGCUCUUGCCAAUGCUCAGUUGCAGCAACAUGCAGCGUUUAUCCCAACAGGGUCAGUUUUGUGCAUGACACCCGCUACCAGUAUUGAUAAUCCUGAAAUAGCCAGCAGGAGCGGAACAGAGUGUCACGAAGCCUCCCUGCGGACGGCCAAGCACGGCUACUGUACAUACUACCCUGUCUCCUCCUCUCUAGAGUUGCCACAAACUGCAUGCUAAGUCAAGAAUUUGUUCUUAUGGACAAAUCAAAAACUCAAAAAAGCUAGUGCUGCUAUGUCAUAUAUGAAUAUUAAAUAUGGUAUGCUUACUAUACUCCAACCUAAAAUAGUUAACUACCUGAUACCAGCUGUGAUGUUUCAAGACAUAAAGGGUAACAUUUAGUUUUAAAGGUUUUCUAAGCAUAGUUUAAUUCUUGCAAAUAUUGUCUUUUCUCCAUAACUACAACUAACGGAAAUGGUCCAGAUAAGUUUGUCUCAUGAGAUUCAGUGCUUAUGAAUCUUUCGAGCUCAGCAAUAAUUGCAUUGUAUUGGCUAAAAACUUACCCCAGUUGCAGGUUUAAUUUUCACCCAAACUAUGAUUGCGGAUUUUCUUCUCAGUUAAAAAAAAAAUCUUGGUUUUGCUCCCCUGGUGAGUUGAUUCCAAGACAGAGGAAGUGAAACGCAGCCCAGUGUCCUGCACAUCAUCCUGUCAAUCUGAUAUUUUUAGCAAGAAGUCCAAAGGAAAGCACAAAUUCUUUAGAUGCACAUGGUUGGUGUUUGACUUGUAUGGAGAAGUUGCAUUUGAAUCAUAGCAGAAUAGCAGAAGAAAAUUUAAAAAAAUUUGCACAGUAUGAACCUUCAUACCCCUUUCAAUCCCCAAAAGAACAAAGUCUUGAGAAUAUUAUUUUACAAGUAUAUUUAUAAUGUUUUUAAAAGAGACUUUGCAGAAGUGCCUAAAUUUUGUCACAUCAGACUUGAUGAAAGUGAGCCUGAUGCCAACAGUCAAAUCUCACUGGACAUGAAUAAUCUUUGAAACUCAUAGUCAGGUUACCAAAAAGAUCCAAGCUGUUAAGAAGUAACUUCUAGAAGUGUAAAAUCAAGCAAAACAAAACAAGACCAAACUAACAAAAGAAAAGGUGAAAAAGAAGGCUGUAGAUGAGAUUGUAUGAUACUCUAAUUUAAUUACAUUUCAGUUGAGUCACUGAAACUUCAUAGGUGACUUUAAUCUAGGCUAUUAACUGAACACUAAGAAUGUAGAAUGAGAUUCAGUUUAAUAAAUCAUUACUGUAUUUGCAUUUUUUUAAUUGGAUUAUAAGAUUGUAACCAGAUUAGAGUGGAGAAAAAAUAGUUCUUCUAAUUGUUUUUCUUUAAAAACAUAUUUUAUGUCACAAAAGUAUGAAGAUAUCUUUAAUACAAUUAUAUACAUGUUAUAUAUACAUACAUACAUAUAUAUGGAUGAAGCAGAUUUUAAUGUUGUUUACUUUUUUAAAUACUUUGUUGAUUUACAAGGUAAUUAUAUAUGUAUAAUUAAACUUUCAUUUGUUUGAUUUGAGAUUUGUUUCAAGCACUAUUGUACCAAAUAUUUCAUAUUUCACAUUUUAUAUGUUGCACAUGUAUCACAUAAAUGACAUAGUUUUUAAAUUAUUGUUUAAAAAACAAGACAGCUGUUAUAAGUGGAUAUUAUGUAUAAUUGUUUGCAGCAUAAGUUUUCUAUGUGGACAUUAUUAGUGAUUGCAGUAUUUUAACUUAACCUCUUCAGAUUGAUUGUAAACUAUUUUAAACUUUGGCAGCACUGCCUGUUCUGAACGACUGAAGGCACUAACCAUAUUAUUAUUUGUCUAGGAAAUUAUUUUCCAGGCUAAAUCUUGUUUGUCCGAUAUCUUAAUUACUAUCUAUUUAUAUAUAAAGCUGGAGAUUUGAUCAUCCGAAAGAAAAAAAAUAAUCAUAAUUCGGUUGUAAAAUUAACAUAGUGCUUGUAACGUUGCGUUAGUUCUAAUUUGUGGAAAAAUAAUGUAUCUUAACUUGUUACUUUAGCAGUUAAGGUAUCACCAUUAUAUACUAUUAAAACACUAAUAUUUGUAGACUUUCUCAGUCCUUAUAACUAGGUAGUUGACACUGCAACUUGCCUAUAUCUGUCAAAGUUGUUUUUAUUUUUUUAUAAUAGUUAAUUUAGGCAUUUGGGUAGCUUAUUGUAUAAUACUAAAUGGUAAAUUAUCCAUGUUGUUUAAAUAUUUUAUGUAGAUAACUCUUCAAGACAUCAUUUUGUGUGAACUUUUUAUGUUUCAAAAUAACUGUUAAUCUAUGUUUUUUACAAUUAAUCCAAUAUUUUUUGCCCAUGGAUGACGAAGCUUCAGAUACAUCAGGUCUUUCAUCCAGAUAAACUGACAGACAAAAGAGAAAAUGUAUUUUUAAUAAGAGAUCCACUUUCCGACUUUAUGACUUUGUAAUAUUCCUGAAAACUGUACAAGUACAAACCUAUGCUAACAGUAAGGAGGCAAUUACAGAGAUGUGCAAAUACGUGUACAACAGAUUCUGCAUUUUAUUUAUUUAUAAAGUAAUUUUAUAGACUAUUUCAAAAUUUGGGAAGAUCUAAAACUAUUUUUCUGUAUAAAUAUUAUUUGCCAAAACUUUGUUUAUAUUUUAAAAAAAAAGUCUAAUGAAAAUUAUUAAAUUUUAAAUGCUUUGUUUAAUUAAAAAAAAUACAACAAAUAUAACCCCCUAAAAGAACCAUGAGAUGGGCCAACACGGAGACAGUGAAUACUGUAGCUGAGACAUGGUUUCAAGUAACUUGAGAUGUCUCAGUGUUUAUUUUCUUCAAAGGAUACAACACCUCACCAAAAUACCUUUUUGUUUGCCUCUCUCAUCCGGCAUAAUUGAUGACAUGUACAAUGAAUAUUUCGGUAAUAGUUAAAAGAAACCCCUUCAUUCGCUCUUUUUCAGCAUAUAUAAUUACUAGUGGUCUGUUAAAUAGCCAUUUUAUUUCUGUUGUGACGUUAAAUUCAUUCACCCAAUGUACAACCACUGAAAUAAAAAGAAGCAUUUUAAAAUGA